AUGACUUCAUCAGUGUCACUUGAGAACUUAGUCAGCGACAACGAGAUAGAUCAGGACCUUGGGCUGGAUCAGCCGCUUCAAGACGAGACGCAGUUCCCACACGUAUAUUCUAACGGCAAUGAAGAAACGGACGAGGUCAUCACGCCGGCUACUAAUGUACAUAUCUCAUUGGAACAAGACAGUAACGAUGACGACGCACACACCUACGAUGCGGACCAAGAAAGUCAAAUCGAACGUCUACAGACGUACCGUCAUGCAAAUAUGCCCCUGUACACCACCGAGCAGGAGUUCCAAAACCAAUAUAAGGAAAACGAGUUUGAGUACGUACCGUACGGUCAGAGAAUUAAAACUAAAAUGAAGAAGUGCCGAUGCGGUCCUCAAUGUUGUAAAGGUUGCAUGGUGUCAACGGUGCCAAUUUUAGGUUGGCUACCCCGGUACGUGAUUCGAACCCAGCUAUUAGCAGAUAUCGUAUCGGGCAUAACAGUCUGCGUUAUGAACAUACCGCAAGGCAUGGCGUACGGCAUGCUGGCGUCAUUACCUGCAGUAUAUGGUCUAUACCUGGGUUUCUUUGCACCUAUUGUGUACGCACUGACAGGCACAUCUAGAGAGCUAGCCAUGGGUACGUAUUCUGUCAUAAGUAUAAUGGUAAGCUCGGCUAUAGAGGGAGUGGUACCGCAAUAUCCCGUCGACCAACCACCGCCGACUGGGUUUUUUAACAAUACAAACACAACAGCUACUAGUAUGCCGGAAUGGGACAGACAGCAAGAACUGAUAGACGCUGCUAUUAUACUGGCACUUCUAGUUGGAAUUAUACAGUUAGCAAUGGGUAUACUGCGUCUCGGCUGGGUUACUAUAUACCUAUCUGACCCAUUCAUUAGAGGGUAUACUACGGGUUCUGGUGUCCACGUGUUCACCAGUCAAGUCGAUGAGAUAUUAGGUGUAAAUGUUGCCAGCUACGAUGGUGCAUUUAAACUAUAUUACGUUUACCGAGACCUAUUCGCCGCUGCCGAUGAUUGGAACCAUGUAACCAUAUUGCUCGCAAUGAGUUGUGUUGUAGUGUUAAUUCUUAUUAAAGAAGUAGAAACCAGGUACAAGAAACAACUGCAUGGAUUCCCCUUAGGAGCCGAGUUAGUUGUGGUAAUACUGGCUACGUUAUCAAGUUACUUGUUGAACUUGGAAGAAAACCACGGUGUUGAGAUUGUUGGUGAGAUACCUGCUGGAAUACCCGCUCCAAGUAUACCGUCAACUACAUACCUCACAGACUUGAUUGGUGCUGCCUUUCCUAUUGCAAUUGUUGCUUAUGCAAUCGCUGUUGCCAUGGCAUCACUAUUCGCUCAGAAAAAGAACUACAAAAUAGAUUCAAAUCAGGAACUGGUUGCUGCUGGAACCACAAAUUUUGUGUGUUCAUUUUUCUCCUGCUACCCAGCCAGUGGUGCAAUGGCUCGUAGCUUAGUCCAAGACAGUUCUGGGGCCACUUCACAGAUUGCAGGCUUAGUAAACAGUGCAUUGAUGUUAGUAGUGCUAUUGUGGAUUGGUCCUUUAUUUGAGACUCUUCCAACGCAUGUGUGGUGGGUAAGCUGUGUAGCCGUUAUACUAUUUGAUGUUGAUAUAGGACUAUUACUCGGUGUGGGGUUUGCAAUAUUUGUACAUGUCUGGAGAACACAGGAACCAUAUUGUACAUUACUGGGUAGAAUACCAGGAACAGAUAUUUAUAAGGAUAUUAAGUGGUAUUCAGUUGUCACAGAAAUUCCGGGUAUAAAGAUAUUCCGUAUGCACUCGUCUCUGUACUUCGCAAACACUGCUCAUUUCAAAUCCAAGGUGUACAAACUGACUGGCGUCAAUCCAAGAAAGAUAUUACAAAUUAAGGCGAGACAACAGCAGUUACAAGAUUUAGAGAUGAGAAGAGAAGAAAAGAAGAAAAACAAGGAAAUGAAGAAAAGAGUGAAAGAAAAUGGUAAUGUUAUCGAAGAUGAAAGAACAGCCGAUGGCACGCCAAAGUUGUCUGCCCCUGCAAAUCCAGUAUUAUAUAAUGGCCGGAAUGACGAAUUCACCUCCAAUGAACAUGGAGCACACAUAGUCGAACUCGACGACGAUUUUACAGGAGACAGUGGGUUAAUUACAGAUUUGUCACCAGAAAACAGCAUCCACACAAUUAUCCUCGAUUGUUCAUCUUUCAAUUUCAUUGAUUCGACGGGACUGAAUGGACUACGACAACUGUUCAGAGAAUAUGACCAGGUUGGAAUCAAAAUUUUGCUCGCACACUGUAUAAAGCGAGUCCGGGAUUUUUUCUCCAGGUGUGAUUUUUAUGAGACUGUUGGCUGCGAAGCAAACCGUUGUUUGUUUGUAACUGUGCAUGGCGCUGUGAUGAGUGCAAUUGAAGAUGACACAGAUGAGAACAACAUAACAUCAGCAAAAGUACGUACCGUUAUAUCAAAUAAAAAUGUCACAUCGACAUUUAUGGCAAAACAAAGUCCCGCACCAGGUGCGAAUAAUCAUACCGAUGACCAUACCGAUGCCAAUUCUAUUGAAUCAACGAAGCUAUAG